AUGAAAACCUCCAACAUCUCCCUGGCCAGUUCCUCUACAUUCAUCCUGGUAGGUAUUCCCAAUCUGGAAGCUGUCCGUGCCUGGCUGUCCAUCCCCUUCUGCCUGAUGUACCUGACCAUCCUGGUCGGGAAUAGCACCAUCUUGUAUGUGAUCCAGAAGGACCCGGUCCUCCACCAGCCAAUGAGCCACUUCCUGGCCAUGCUGGCUUUCACGGAGCUGGGCGUGUCCCUAUCCACCAUGCCCACGGUCCUCGGCAUCUUCCUCGCGGGUGCCACGGAGAUCGACUUUAACGCCUGCCUGGCCCAGAUGUACUUCAUCCAUUCCUUUUCGAUCAUGGAGUCGGGCGUGCUCCUGGCCAUGGCCUUCGAUCGCUUCGUGGCCAUCUACAGCCCGCUGAGGUACUCGCUCAUCCUCACCCACAGACGCAUCAGGGCCACGGCCGUCGGCCUCAGUCUCAAGAGCGCGGUGCUGAUGGCGCCCCUGGCCGUCCUCCUGAAACGCCUGCCCUUCUGCCACCGGGAAAAUGUGCUCUCCCACUCCUACUGUCUCCACUCCAACCUCAUCAGCCUCCCGUGCACCGACACGACCCUCAACAACAUCUAUGGCCUCUUCGUCGUCCUCUCCACCUUCGGGCUCGACUCUGUGCUCAUCGCCCUCUCCUACGCCUUGAUCCUCAAGACCGUGCUGGGUAUCGUGUCAGGGGAUGGGUGGCUCAAGGCCCUCAACACUUGUGUCUCCCACAUGUGUGCUGUUCUGGUCUACUACGUGCCCAUGAUUGGGCUGGCCAUGAUGCACCGCUUUGGACAGCACCCUUCUCCUCUGCUCCAGGUCAUGAUGGCCAAUGCCUACCUCUUCAUCCCACCGGUGGUCAACCCGAUCGUCUACAGCCUGAAGACCAAGGAAAUCCGCAAGGGGAUUUUCAGGAAUCUGAUUCAGAAGAGGGGCAGACCCUAA